CAACGAUUGUUCUUACGUUACUGGCGGCUUUCCGAUGGGAACAAUAUACAAUAACAUGGGCUGCGAUUCUCCUCAUGUGAGCCCUAGAUCGGAUAAAAAGUCAACCAAUACCGAAGCAUGUAGAUACGAAAUUCUAUCUUAUCGCAACCAUAUUAAGAAUGGACACGGCAAUAUCCCAUCAGGCAACAUCAAACUUUUAGAGCUAGGCGGCGACCUACCACAACUUAUGUCUGAUCAAAAAUGGGAUUACGGGGAUAGCGAUGCGCGUUCUAAAGACUCAGCAUGGAAGGAUAAAAAACGCAAACGUAAACUACAACCGAUCCCUGUCAGUGGUAUGAACAUAGAGAGAUGUUUCGACUUAAACAAUGGCACCGCCAUAUCCAGAACGACCACAAUAGAUAGUGUUACAGACUUAUCAUUAGCUUGGGGCGUCCUUCGAACAUCUGUACCUCUUGUUGCUUGUGAAGAAGACGUUCCAAUGGAUGAUUGCCGCACUACUAUGACUAUCGGUACAAACACUCUCAGCGGAAAACACAGCAAUUUAGAAUCAGGAGAUCGAAUUUUAAUAAUGAGAAAGGUAGACAACCAUUGCAGUUGUUCGUGUACGACAGAUGCUAACGUCGAAAAAUGUGACGAAAUACACGGUACCUAUUUUGAAAUAUGUGGAAUCACCCGAUCAAUAUUGACUUUUAAUGACAGACCGUGCAUCAUUAACCACUCCAACACUGUCGAGGACUUGGAACCAUGGUUUCUAUUUCAAUCGCAACAUAUGGAGAUGCUGAAUAACAAUUGGUUUUUAUUAAGAGUGAAUGACGAUGCUAUUGACGCAUUCAAAAACGGGAAAGCACAUUUCAAGCAUGUGAAAAAUUACAAUAAAAAGGAUGAAACACGUUUGAUUCUUAGUUUAAAUGAUCAAACCCAUUACGUAGAAAGGGUUGAGAUGGGAUGCAACAUGGUAUUGGUGAACCCACUGAGGAUGGACUAUCAAAACACCGAACCCUGCAAUUUAUUAUUGAUUAUAGGUUGUUGUAAAUUUAUACAUAAUUUAAAUGUGGCGACGCCCAACUUUGCGGCACUUGACACAAACACCGAUUUAUCGCUACAGAGGAUUUUAGAUACUCUGCCUAUCUCUGAUGCACAAAUUAAGUCAUUUCUGAUGAAUCACAAGACAUUGUGGCCCUGCGAUUGGAUACGCAUGGAGGGCGACCAAUUUAAACGCGCAGACCCAUUUUUGUUGGCAGAAUUUAUAAUCAAAUUCUUGAGGCUUUGGGGCAUUAAUUACAAGAACAACUGUGAAGACAGACAUAUUGAGUCCUUAGAAUUACGUGUAGUUUGGUCUAUUGUACAACAGAAUAAGCAUGAAUUCAGGUUUUUACCUGAUAAAAUGACCAAACCGUCAAUUAUAUUUCAAAUAUUACGUUUUGCCUGCGACGUAGAGGAAACGAUUACAGCAUUUGAUGAUUACAUUACAAAGCUAGAUUCUGAAGAUAUUCUCAAUACAAAACUGCAACUUAAUUUGUUCAAAAUACAACGGCAAAUAGCUUGGGCAAUUUGUGUUGCUAACGAGAGAGAGAAAAUGACAUAUGAAGCGUUUAUUGAAAAAAUUGACUCAUUACUCUUCUCCGAAAUGAUACCAUCAUAUUUAUUUGAUGCUAUGAUUCAAUAUCUAAUCCAAAAAGAUUCUAGUGACUCUGGAGAUUGCGAAAAUUACGUAAAGUGUCUCCGAUUUUAUUAUCAUAGAGAUUCCUUUGGUGAUGUUGCAUUGGAUAUGGCGCGAAAGUUCAACAAUUCAAGGCCACAAACACAUAAAAUCAACUAUUCACUAACUGGAAAAGACCUUUUUCAAGUUGGAAAUUCAGAUAGACUCCCUAUGGAAGAAAACAAAACUCCCUGUCUGGAUUAUGGCAUUUUCAAACUCAAUACCAUGGGUAUUAGUACCUUAAGGUUCAGGUACUCCAUGAAUUCACUUCUUGCUAUUUGCCGAUCACCUAUGUCUCUUCAUAUUUCAUUGAUUGCCGAACGCAUAGUUCCGAUAGAGGAAAAAGAAAGUUGUUUUAUUACGGUGUUUCCCAACGAGAAAAUAGAAACCUUAAAAGAUGUAUUAUCGUCAUUAUUUAAAAUAAAUCAGCGCUGGCAAUUAGAGGAUGCGGAGAAAAAGUUGUUCGCACAUUUAGGAAACAGGCAAGCGCUUGAAAGCAUAACAGGGGGGCCUAAUUUCCAUGCCAGACUUUGGAUCACUAACAAGAAAAACAAAUUCAAUUAUUCCACUAUUGAUCGUGGAAUACCAGAUAACCAACUUUUGAAUACCUCCACGUCUGAGAGUUUGGAUUCCACAUUGCAACAAAUUACGGAAGAAUCGUAUAUCAUAAUAAAUUCAAAUGUUCCGAUAUAAUAAAAUGAAAUGAAUGGGAUUAUUAUAAACAGCUA